UGGAUGUCACUGAUUUGAUUGAACUAGAGGACACCUCGCAUCAUAACAACUCAUAUAAAAUCUAAAAUCAUAUCUUAAUAAGCACAACAACCUAUUGAGUCGCGGGAUGCAUAACAAAAUUAUAGUUGUAUAAGAGACAGCUCAGAACAUAGUAGCCUAAAACAGCUGUUGUCAUCGGUUUUUAACAUUUUUCACUAUUUACCUUCUAUUGCUUUUGUGAAAAUAUAUUUUAUCAUAGAGUUUAAUUAUAGUAAUUGCACUUAUGGACACCAUUCUGGACAAUUUCGCCCCGGAUAAACUUUUCCCCAGUGCCAACCUGUUGGACCUUGAGGAUUUGAAUGAAGGGGAUUUUCUCAACAAUGUGCACUUCUCGGAGCAGAUGGAGGACUUCUCCAACGAGCUGUUCAGCAGCUUCUUUGACGACCACCUCCUGGCCGACAGGAACCCACUGUUGGACAUGGAGAUGGACCCACCCAACCCUGACAUCCAGCAAGAACACAGCUACUCCCUGAGCGGAGACUCGGCCCCCCAGAGCCCCUCCAUGUCCAUCAAAAUGGAUGAGGAAGCAGAGUUUGAAGGAAUGUGGUCUUUCAGCCAGGACCUGACAGCCAUCCUGGUAAAGCAGGAGCCUGAUCAACAGGCAGAGCCUUCCUCUACAGUCCCCUCCAUGGGGAACUCAUGCUUCCAGCCUCUCAACCUCGCCCCACCACCUCACAGGAGCUCAUCGGGGGACACAGGCUCCAAAGAGUUGAACCUCAACCCCACACCUGCAAUCAAAGAUGAACCCAGAGAGGUCAACCAGUUCCUCAACAUCCCUUCAGAUGAUCAGCUGCAGCUACCCCCCCCUCCCAGCAGCCAUGGCAGUGACAGUGAUGGAUCCCAGAGCCCCCGCUCCAUGCCCCCUUCCAGCCCAGCCCGCCUACAGGCCCGCUCCUCCGCUGCCAUAUCCUCCUCACCCCUCCUUACUGCCCCACACAAACUACAGGGCACUUCAGGGCCCCUGAUGCUGACAGAGGAGGAGAAACGCACCCUGAUCGCUGAAGGUUACCCCGUACCCAACAAGCUGCCCCUCACCAAGACCGAGGAGAAGGCACUGAAGAGGGUUCGCAGGAAAAUAAAAAACAAGAUAUCUGCCCAGGAGAGUCGCAGGAAGAAGAAGGAGUACGUGGAGUGCCUGGAGAAAAAGGUGGAGAACUACACAUCUGAGAACAGUGACCUGUGGAAGAAGGUGGAAACACUGGAGAGUGCUAACAGAACUCUACUCCAGCAGCUCCAGAAACUCCAGGUCCUGGUCACAGGAAAAGUGCCCCAAUCCUACAAAAUGGCCUCAACGCAAACAGGAACAUGCCUUAUGGUGGUGGCGCUGUGCUUUUUCCUGGUGCUGGGCUCCCUUGUACCUUGUCUGCCUGAGCUCUCCUCCCUGUCCCAUACCGUGAAGUCCUCCUCGCCCCUCCCCUCGGCUGAUGUCUACACAGCCAGCCAGGUCCGCUCCCGCAGCCUACUCUUCUACGACGAGAGCUCCUCGUUGGAGGACGGUCACGGGGGCUUCCUGAAGAUGGAGGGGGACGGCUCGGAGGGGGCGCCCCUCGACUACACCGAGGACCGGUCGGCACAUGACAGCCACGGAGGCGAACGCGAGAACACCAAGUACCUCAGCAAGGUUCACUCCGAUCCGGUGGACUACAACUGGACCGGCGCCCAGUUCCUCCAAGAAGAGCCGCAGUACCACAAAAUAGAGCCAAACCCCGAAGGAGGAGAGGAGUACUUUUAACCUUGAGGGGCGGAGCUGCCAAAAACACAGGCUCUCCAGACUCCUUACCCAUGUGGAUGUGUAGUGACACUACGGCGCCCCCUAGUGUGCCACCCCCAACACACCUCUCCCUGCACUCCCUGACCUCCUGCAGUAGCUCCCUGGCCUUCCUGUUCCAUCCCAUUCCCUGAAGUCCCACCUGAUAGAGAGGAUGAAGAGGGUAUGUGAAGAAGAUAGAAAUGACGGGCAACUCCAAUCAAAGCUCCACAGGAACUUUUCAUCUCUGACUGCUGUGUUUGACUGGAGGCAGAAGCAGGGAGUGAGAGGGUUUGAAUAGAGUAACUUGUUGAAACAUCUGUGUGCUCUGUGUGUCUGUCUGCACGUUCAACUGGGUGAGUGUGGUUGCAGUGCUUCUGUGCAGAUGAAGUGCUCCUCAGAUUCCAUCACACUGUUGCUUUUUCAAGGACUUCUACAAAUAUUUAGAACACAGGGGGUACUUCAGGUGUAGCGGAUCUAUAGCAAAUUGGAUAGGAGGGUGAGGGGGAUAGGGAUGUGGGGUGGUGGGGGGGUAUUUAUAAUUCCAGUUGUUCUGUUAUAGAAAUUCCCUCUCCUACUUCACAAUUGGUCAUGCAAAUAUUUUAAUACAUACAUUCCAAAGAAUGUCCUCUUUUACCUUUUGCUUAAAGCGCUUAAAAUGCACUCUAUUGCCUCAUGCUAGAAUUAUACAUCUUUCAAAGGCAUUUAUUUUUUACAUUUUACCACAUUUUGUCCCAUAAUGUUUAAGCUUGUGUGUGCAUUGCACUUUUUUUCCCUUCAGGUCGACAUUGCAAGCUAAUGGGCAUAAGUGCCUUCAAACUCUUUCAGUGUUUGUAUUCUCACGCCAUCCACAUGGGGUUGUUCAUUUGAUUAUUUGACUCUUUAUGCAAACUAAAUCAUAUGUAAUAUAUACGUAUUAUUGGCAUCAAAAAAGAGCAUAUUUAUUUUAUGCAAAAAAAUAUUGUGAACUUUUCUUUUUAUGAAUAUCAAUUAUGACGUCAUGUUUACAUGAUCUUGUUGUCUUAACUGUUACACAGUUUGUCUGUUUUUGUAUUUAUUUCUGUAUCAAGAAAGUUUUGUAUAUAUUGAAAAAAACAUGAACAGGGACAAUCAGUGUAAAUGCAUACCAAGGGUGUACAAUACUUCCUCACUGGAGGAAAGCCUUCUCUAGUCCAAAAGACUCAAAACUGCCCAUCUUUACAAAAAUAGUCCAAACACCACCACGAGAAUACAUUUUCUCCACAAAAAAAUGAAUGAAUAUCAUCAUUAUGCCAAAAGUCCAUUCAGCCCUAAUGUCAUUGUGAAUGUGAAAAUAGAGUAUAUUUUAAAUUGUAUAUCAAAGUUCAGAAUCCACUGGGGGUAAAAAAUAAAUAAUAAUAAUAAUCGCAUCACGAUUUACAGUAGUGCCCAGAAGAACUGUUCACUCUAAAGAACACUGUUCGGUUGAUAAUGCUUCUUAAAAACAGUCACUCCAGCAGCAAAAUAAUACAAAAAGCUUUUCAUGCAGCGUUUUUGUUGUGAAGAACCUUGUUACAUUGAAUAGAAUAUAUUCUGGUGUUCCCUCCUCUUCCUGCUGUGUUGUUUCAGGGCGAGAGAGAGGGAGAGAGGGAUUGUGUAAGGACUGCGUGGGGCGGCCCCACUGAAGCUAAAUGAGAUUGCGUAAUGCUAGGCAGGAGGCUUUGAGUACAGCCCAGGCUCUGUGGAGGAGGCAUGGAGGAUCUGGGUCAGCCAGUGGCCUUGGAGUCUUAGCUUAACAUCCAGUCUGUUGCUCUUCAUAGAUUUCACUUGCUUAUUCACAACUGUGGCUUGUCUGUGUAUAAUCAGGGGAGGCCAGACGCACAAUCCUUCCAUGUAAUUAAUAUGUAUUUUACUCUAACAUGUCAUUAGAUUUGCAUUAUUCAUUUUCUGUCAAAUGGUUUGUAAAAUCACUACCUGCCCUAUUAAUCAGAGCCAUAUAAUUUCCAAGUCGGUUUUGUUUCCUAGUUGUCGCCUGUCUUAUAUCUUAGUGCACAUUACCUGACAAAUGUAGAGUUGGUUAACUGAGUACACUGAUAAUGUGUGUAUAUUGAAAAUGUCGAUUGCUUCCUGUCAAGAUACUGUUUGUCUAUGUUUGUCCUUUCGUUUGAUUAAUAGAUGUGUAACUAAGGUUCAACCAGAUGCUCUGGAAGCUGUCCGGCCCUCACCCACUUGCCUUCUAUAAACACACCUUUUACUGAUCAAAUGGUUGCUUAGUUGUCCCAACCCACCCCAGCCCCCUCUAUCCUACCUGCUACGCCAUCUUUAGGUUGUCGUAAAGCAGUGCCUGGUAUAAAUGACUGCUACUCUAUAUUCUAUAAUCUGUCCAAUGUGCUGAUCUUGAACAGGCUCUCUGAUGACUGUGUUCACACUAAACCAUUGGGAUCGUGCAUGACACAGUAAAUCAAGUCCGACUGAGUUAUCUGGUUGAACCAGGGUCAAUCUUUUGUAAUUAGUCCCCCAAAUGUGUGGUAGAAACCUGCUUCAGAACCUGUGUGAGGGGUUUUACAAGGCUAUUAUAAAUCAAAGUGAAAUGAUGCAAAUCUUACCAAACAUUCCAUGAGUUUGUUGUCGUUCGUAAUGUGUGCCCUUUUGUACAUAAGACAAAGUGAAUGCUUUUGCUGUAAAUAGGGGGUGUAUUUUUGUAUUUGAAAUGUAUUUUGGUAUUUGAAAUGUAUUUUGGUAUUCACCUGGCGCCUUUGGGAAGGAACUGGCCAGUUGCUGACCUUUCACACUGUGGCUGUACAAGUAAAUUGCAUGUGUUUCUGGGUAAGCCACAGGAGCCUUUCUGUAUUGCCUUUCUGUAUCAGUCUCUUUAAUAGCAAGUAGAGUUAGUAUCAAGCAAAAUAUAAAAAAUUGCAUCAGCAUAA